GCACCAUCAUUGUGAUGCAUACAAGAAAAAUAAAGCAAUUCAGUUUCCAAUCCAUCAAAUGGCCAAGCAAGCAAUGCUACUACCUACACUUUCCUCGUGAAGAAUCAAAUGCUUCACUUCCACUUCUAGCCCAUUCAAGACGUGCAACGGCUGCUUUCAUUGUAGCUGUGCAAAUACAGCUUGUAAGCAUGAGUGGAACUAGAAAGGACCAUGGACACAGCUCAGUAACCGGGAAAGACAGUCAUGGCGAAAUUUUUACCAUGGAAGCACUCAAGCCUCCUUUAUUUUGACCGCUGUGGGGGGUAUCCCUUUGUCAGAAGGGCACACACUACCCUUUUGUCCCAACACCCUUAAUUUGCUUGCGUGCCCCUAACUCUUCCCUCCGACUCCAAACCAAAAGCAAAAAAAUUCUCCAGGGAAAUAAGAAUAGGAAUUCAGUUCCCAAGAAGCCACCACUGUCGCCCCCUAUUGCCAAAAACGCCCCAGCUGAAAUCCUAAAAUUCUUUGCCGUCCUUGUUUGCUGACGAUGUCUUGCUUCAUGAAGUGAGCUUGCCCAACUGAGGCAACAAGGACAAUUUGGUCAUUCCAUCAUACCAGUUACCCGUCACCUUCCGGGGCAGGAUGACCGUUGGGAUGUUGUCCUCAGACAUCUGUCAAGUCCAUCUCCCGCCCAUUUUUCCACAGCCCGUUGCUUCAAGAUAUGGUAAGCUGAGCAGAAAUGAGAGAGAGAGAGAGAGAGUAUUAAUAUGUAAUAUUAUGAAGAUGUAACAACCAGUUGGUAAGGCGUCCCUUGACGCUGGAGAAGUCUUCUGCAUAGUCUCUUAAAUAGAUACAAACCAGUGGUUCUUUCAUGGUUGCCGUCACAGUUUGGUUCCUGAACAACUUGUUAUGCCUGGCAAAAUCUCUGACCCGAAAAUUGAACAUCUGUGCAAGCCCAUUUCACGAAAAUUGCAGGAGACUGAAAUCAGACCGUUCACAACAACAGCGUUGCAGAAUUGCAGAGAUGAGACUUGUUACUUUGGUUUCUGUCCUUUUUGUGGUCUUCUCGUGUGCAGCUGCAUAUGAUCCCCUGGAUCCAACUGGAAACAUAACCAUCAAAUGGGAUGUGAUGUCUUGGACCCCAGAUGGCUAUGUGGCAACAGUGACAAUGUCCAACUUCCAAAUGUAUCGGCACAUCAUAAACCCCGGUUGGACCUUGGGAUGGGCCUGGGCUAAGAAAGAGGUGAUUUGGUCCAUGGUAGGGGCUCAGACCACAGAGCAAGGAGACUGCUCCAAGUUCAAAGGGAACGUACCACAUUGCUGCAAGAGGAACCCCACUGUUGUGGACUUGCUCCCUGGGGUACCCUACAACCAACAAUAUUCAAAUUGCUGCAAAGGGGGAGUGGUAGCAUCAUGGGGCCAAGAUCCUUCUGCUGCUGUCUCAGCCUUCCAGGUGAGCGUCGGCCUUGCAGGUACUUCAAACAAGACCGUAAAACUUCCCAAGAACUUCACUCUUCUUGGUCCGGGACCUGGUUACACCUGUGGCCCUGCAAAGGUUGUGCCUUCAACCGUCUUUUUAACACCUGAUCACCGACGCAAGACUCAGGCUCUAAUGACAUGGAAUGUGACAUGUACUUACUCCCAGUUUCUAGCACGGAAAAACCCAAGUUGCUGCGUCUCUUUCUCCUCUUUCUACAAUGAGACGAUCACUCCUUGUCCUUCCUGUGCUUGUGGUUGCCAAAACAAAAACAACUGCGUCAAGAGCGAUUCCAAACGGCUUAAAAUGGCAGGAAUAAACACUCCAAGAAAGGAUAAUGCACCACUGUUACAAUGCACAAGGCACAUGUGCCCUAUCCGCGUUCACUGGCAUGUGAAGGUCAACUACAAGGACUAUUGGCGAGCAAAGAUUGCAGUAACAAACUUCAACUACCGGAUGAACUACACCCUAUGGAGUCUCGUAGUUCAGCACCCAAAUCUCAACAAUGUAACUCAAGUUUUUAGCUUCGAUUACAAGCCUUUGGUUCCCUAUGAAUCUAUAAAUGAUACAGGGAUGUUCUAUGGCAUGAAGUUCUAUAAUGAUUUAUUGAUGGAGGCUGGACCAUCUGGGAAUGUUCAGUCAGAAGUGCUGCUUCAGAAGGACAAGAACACUUUCACCUUUAAGCAGGGAUGGGCAUUUCCUCGGAAAGUCUACUUCAAUGGUGACGAGUGCAUGCUACCCCCACCUGAUACAUACCCAUUUCUGCCAAAUUCUGCUCAUGAGAACCUACUCUCCUUGACUUUAAUAUUUUCCAUGCUUUUCCUAUUGAUUGUUGUUUGGUGAUUUGUUCCCCACGAGUAUGCAAUGGGGAAAACUGGUAUUGAAAAGUUUUGAAGCCAAAGGUUACAUCUGGUUACAUCCAGAGACAAUUAAGAGCACCACAGGUACUGAACUUGAAAAUUUUUUGAUAGGAUCUAAAGGGGGCUUGAUUUAUUAAAGCUUCACAUAAAUCAUUAUAAAGCCUUAUUAAUAGAAACAGAUUGUGAAACUCUGAUGAAUUCUCCUUGAGCUUUCACAGUUAACCAUAUUUUAAUAUAUGAUUCCAGACCAUUUUUU